AUGGACGCAAUGAAAAUCUUUCGGCGGUUUCCGUCACAACACUCUGAUUUUGUGCACGACAUGAGCUUUGACUUUUAUGGGAAGAGAUUGGCCACAUGCAGUUCGGACCGCAAAAUCAAGAUCUGGGAGGAGCACGGCCAAGACUGGCGCCUUGAGCACGAGUGGAAUGCACACCAGGCUAGUGUCUGGAAGGUGGAGUGGGCACACCCAGAAUUUGGUCAAAUUCUAGCUUCGUGCUCUUUUGAUCGCACUGUUUCAAUCUGGGAAGACCAGGGGUUGUACCUUAAUGCAUCGGCGAAUUCUUCAGACUCAACGGCUGCGAAUGGAGUUGCAUCUGUUACAAGUGCUGGCAAUAAGGAAGGCUGGCGCAAUCAAGCACAAUUAGUGGACGCCCGCGACUCAGUGCACGACGUCAAGUUUGCUCCCAGGCAUUUGGGAUUGCGACUCGCAACUGCAUCCGAAGAUGGAUUUGUGCGUAUGUACGAAGCCAUUGAUGUCAUGAAUUUGUCACAUUGGCCACUGCAGGAAGAGUUUUUAGCGGAUAAAGACGGAACCACUUGCGUGUCGUGGAACAAGUCGCGUUUCGAUGUCCCAAUGAUCGUCGUAGGUGGCAAUAGUGAUGUGGCUAAAGUUUGGGGAUACAACAACUCGUACCGUAGGUGGCAGAUUGUCGUGGAGCUCGCUGGUCACACUGACGCAAUUCAUGAUGUGUGCUGGGCGCCAAACAUGGGCCGAUCAUCGCAUUUGCUGGCAACAGCGAGUAAAGAUCGGACUGUGCGCAUUUGGCGUCUGACGAUUCAAGAGAACGAUCACUUACAUGCUGACGUAGAGGAGGUAGCACGGAAACACCAUCACGACUCAGAAGUUUGGCGUGUCGAAUGGAAUGUUACUGGGACAAUGCUGGCGUCCUCUGGCGACGAUGGUACUGUACGCAUGUGGAAGAGCGACUUUGAGGGUAAUUGGGUCUGCGUCAAUACGAUUUGUGGCGACUUAGAUCCGGCUGUUUCGCCACCUCCGAUGAUAUAG